CGCGCUGCUGGUGAUUCCGGAAGAAACAACAGUGCGGCGUGAACAUGGGGAAACAAAAGAAAACACGGAAGUAUGCGACCAUGAAGCGAAUGCUUAGUCUCAGAGAUCAGAGGCUUAAAGAAAAGGAUAGAUUAAAACCGAAAAAGAAAGAAAAGAAAGAUCCCAGUGCACUCAAGGAAAGAGAAGUCCCCCAACACCCUUCCUGCUUAUUCUUCCAAUAUAACACACAGCUGGGCCCACCUUACCACAUCCUGGUCGAUACCAACUUUAUCAACUUUUCCAUUAAAGCCAAACUGGACUUAGUGCAGUCAAUGAUGGACUGUCUGUAUGCCAAGUGUAUCCCUUGUAUAACUGACUGCGUAAUGGCUGAAAUUGAGAAAUUGGGGCAGAAGUAUCGAGUGGCUCUAAGGAUUGCCAAGGAUCCAAGAUUUGAACGAUUACCAUGCACACACAAAGGAACCUAUGCAGAUGACUGCUUAGUACAAAGAGUAACUCAGCACAAGUGUUACAUUGUGGCCACAGUUGACCGGGACCUUAAACGAAGAAUCCGGAAGAUCCCUGGAGUUCCCAUCAUGUACAUUUCUAACCAUAGGUACAACAUUGAGCGGAUGCCAGAUGAUUAUGGAGCCCCUCGGUUCUAAUUCUUAAAAGACAAAUUUCCUCUGCCUUCCUUCAACCAACUUUCUCUUUUGCCAGUUCAUUAAACAUGCUAUAGCAUGAAUUAUUAUUCCACUCACCCAUUUGCUCUGUAAUGAGCUCAGUAUGGUUAAAUACACUCACUUUUUAAUAUUUUUGUUGUUGUUGUUGGGUUUGUUUUGUUUUGUUUUGUUUUGUUUUUGCGGUACGCGGGCCUCUCACUGUUGUGGCCUCUCCCGUUGCGGAGCACAGGCUCCGGACGCGCAGGCUCAGUGGCCAUGGCUCACGGGCCCAGCCUCUCCGCGGCAUGUGGGAUCUUCCCGGACUGGGGCACGAACCCGUGUCCCCUGCAUCAGCAGGCGGACUCUCAACCACUGCGCCACCAGGGAAGCCCCUUUAAUGUUGUUUUGAAAAUUAUAUUUUGUGUCAUUUUAAAAUUUGUUGCAUCUUUUUAUAAAUCAGAUAAUUGCUCACAUAAUUUGAUGGUCAUUUUAUAUUGAUUUACUCAACAAAUAUUUAUUAAGAUGAUACUAGGUAUUUAAUAAGAUAUGGUCUUAUCCUCAAGAUACUCAUUUAUGAUGGAAAAGAGAAACAUGUAGAUGAAUAAAUACGAUAAAAUAAUGAUGCUGAGAUGAAAGUAUGAGGGAGUAGACAUACAGGUGGAAAGAAUGAUUUUUUUCUGCUUGGUUGGAAUGGGGAGGGGAGAAAGACCAGAAGCAGUUAUGUUUGAGUUAAUCUUUAAAAAGAACUAGAAAGAGAAGGUGUCUGUACCCACAUCUGAGACUCCAGAAGUAGGAGGUGGGAGGGAGGGGGCUUUAUAUGACAUGCUAAAGGGUUUGGACUUAAUCCUAAGGUCAAUGGGGAGUUAUUAAAACUUUAAUUAGGGUGGAUAACAUAAUCAGAUUAGAUGUUUUACAUGAUCACAACAUAGCUAAGAAUGGACAAAUAGCUCAUUGAAACAGACUAGAAAGUCCAUAAGUAGACCUAUAUAUUUAUGGCAAUUUGGUAUGUUAUAAAGCUGGUAUUUCAAAUCUAUGUGAAAAGGAAAUUACAUUAAAAGCCAAAUAUUGUGGAGUCAUUCCAUUAGGGUUAGAAUCCUGAUUUCACCAGUUAAUAUCUAUACGAAUUGGGCAAACCACAUAGCCAUUUGAUGCCUUCUUUGUUUCCCUUUUUAAAUGUUUUGUUUAAUCCUCAAAACAACCCCAAUAAGAUGGGGUUGAAUUGAACAGUACCUGUUACAAGUAAGUGUUGUUCAAUAAAUGUUAGUGAUUAUUGUAUUAUAA